AUGCGUGUUUUGAUUCUCACUGUGCAUAUCCUGCUGGCCGUGGGCCUCGCGCAGGCAUUCGAUUGGCGCGCGUUUAAAACUUGCGCUGGCUCAAGUCCGAGCUGCGUGACACGCACUUUUGGCUCGACCAUACCGAUGCGACUGUACGAGUGUCUGCGCGAAUUCAGCAUGUUGCGCUGCACGAAGCUGUUCGUGCUGCAGAAGCUGGAGGAGCGCAAGCAGGUGCCGCUGACGGGCAACAUGACGCGCGACUUUCUCGAUCAGUUCUUUGGGCAGGAAACGCAGCUGGGCAGCCUCAUUACGGAGAAGUAUCAGCAGAUGUCGGAGAAGGAGCUGAAUCAGCGGCUGGUGCAGAACUUUCAGCGCUUCUUCAAGCAUCGCGAUAUUAAGCUGCACUUUCUGCCCGGCAUGCUGGUCAAGAUUGUGCCCAGCAAGGAGAACAAGCUCAAGUUUAGCCUGAAGAAGGCUAUCAAGUCGCGUCUGGGUCGUGCACGCCGACGCGACGCGGACGAGGAGCUUCAUCUCAUUAAUAUUCCCUCACUGACGGGCUCGGGGAUGAGCAGCGCAGGCGCCAGCGGCGGCAUUGCUAGCGCCGAGAGCUACGUGUCGGAGGCCGAGGGCGAUUCCAAGCAGCAAGGCGCCGGUGGACAUGGCGGCGAUGGCGGCGGCGGCGGCGGUGGGCUGCUCAACAAACGAAAAAAGAAGCAAUCCUAUAAGACGACCAUGCUCCAGGUGGCUGUGCCCAUACUCGUUCUGCCCGCCAUACUGCUGGGCAGCCUGCUGCCCUUCGUUCUGCCCACCCUUAAAAUGGCCACCAUUCUGUCGCUCUUCAUGAACAACGGCGCCUUCCUGGCCGCCAUGCUCUAUGCGUACUCCUCGGCCACCGCCUCCAGUGCAGCCAAUCAGCCGCAGCAUAUCAGCUAUGGCUAUACCGAAGGCUUUCAUUGA